AUGUCACAGCGCGCUCCAUCCAAUCAGAUCGCUGAUUUCAACCACAAAAAGUGUCUGACUCUGUACGAGCAGGUCACACAGGCAGAGACUCUUUGUCAUCAUCAUCAUCAUCAUCAUCAUCAUCACUCAGCCUGUCUGAUGGGACUCGGUGAAGGAGAAAUGUCUCAGCGUCAACAUCAGGAGAGGAGCGCCGUGCUCAGGGUCUCCAGCCUUCCUCUGGUUCGCUCGGCGCUGCAGUCGAUGACCUUUGCGUACUCAGAGGUCAAAGGUCGUUACCCUCUUCUGCGUCUGAUGGGAGGAGUUGCUGAGGUUGGAAUCCGCAGUGUCUCCCAAGUCGCCAUGACACAAGCCACGCCCCUCCUGCAGAGUCUGGAGCCACAGAUUGAAGUUGCCAACAGUAUGGCUCUGGUUGGUCUCGACCGUCUGGAGAAAAACUUCCCCAUCCUGAACCAAUCAACGGACGAGGUGAUGGGACACCUGAAGGACGCCCUCUUCCUGACGCUGGACGACGUGCAGCUGUGGAUGGUGGACGGGAUGGACGGAGCUCUGGAUCAGCUGGAGCGUCUGUCCGACGCCACUCUGGCGGCCAUGCGGCAGCUGCAGGACACUCAGGUGGGCCGAGCCGCCACGUCGGGACUGGACGACGUCCUGAGUCGUCUGGAGGACGCCACCGCCUACUACCUGCCCCUCCCCCCCACGCUGCGUCGGGAGUGGGAGAUGAGGGUGCAGGAGUACGAGGACGAAGAUGAGGACGCAGACGAGCCCAGCCUGUGGACGAGGGUGCGCAGCCUCCUGCUGAACCUCAGCCUGCAGCUUUAUCACCGCAUGAUGAAGGUCAGAGAGCAGCUGCAGAGAGCCGUCAGGGCCAUGGGAGACGCUGCAGACAAGGUGGGCCUGGGUGGAGUCCUGGAUCUGGUUGGUGAGCUGCUGCAGUACCUGCAGCGCCUCCUGGUGGCGCUGGUGUACCGGGCAGAGGGUCUGCGGGAGCUGACAGUGGGUGGAGUCAAACAUCAGGCCGUCAUGUUAGCUGAGCUGCGUCCCGUGCGUCAGAUCAAAGAACUGCCGGUUCAGGUCCAGCAGCUGCUCGGAGACCUGCAGGAACUCUCCAAGCUCCUCCUGCAGCUGGUGAUCAACGCCACACCGCUCUACACCAUGCUGCAGCAGCCGACGGCUCAGGAGGUGGAGGACUUCCUGAACCAGGAGGACUUCUCAGCUGAGUCUUCGGCUCGUCGCAGCUCUGCUAACAGCCUCUUCCUAAAAGCUAUGGAUGGACGUCCUCGCCGCCGCCGCAGUCUCUACUCCCGUGCUGCCCGGAGCCCCUCCGGCCCCCAGAGCCCAGACCCCACCAACGCCCCCCGCCGCCGCUCCAGCGUGAAGGACCUUCCAGCCAUAGAGCUGGACAGCCUGCAGCUCCCUUCCGAGGUCACUGCGCACCGCCGUCCAUCCGCCACAGAGAUGCUUCUCGCUCCGCUCAAACAGUUCGUCUCCCAGAGCCAGAAGGCGUUCGAGUACUUGAGCCCCAACACCCCCGAGAACAGCACCAGUGCCACCAACGGCACCAAUGGCACCGACGACGUGGAAACAGACGACUCUUAA